AAAAGAAAGAAGUAAACUUUCUAAAUGGAAAGGGUCUGAAGGAGCAAGUAGACGACGGCUAGUUCAAGAAAAUUUAGAACUUAGGAGACAGUUAAAAACAGAAACUGAACCCACAAAAGAAACGAACUAUGAAAGUGCAUCUGAUUAA